CCAUUGUAUGUACCUUACAAGUGCACCUACGUCAUUUUUAUAGCUUGCAUCGGUUCAAUUUGGUUGUAUCCACCUAUUAAAUGGACCACCUUAAUUGCUGUAACGACAUGUUUUUUUUAUUUAGCAACUGCAAGAUGGAAAUUUCCUAACCUUAUGCGGGAUGCGCGUUUGGCGACAGCAGCAACAGCGAAUACUACUGCGAAACCAAGCGCUCCAACACCACCACCAAAGCCUGCCGACAACAUGGUUGAGGUCUUCGUUGACGGAAAAUCUGUUUCCUGCGAACCGGGUAUGACCGUUUUGCAGGCUUGCAGUCUUGCUGGUGUUGAGAUCCCACGAUUUUGCUAUCACGAACGACUUUCAAUCGCAGGUAGUUGUAGAAUGUGCUUAGUGGAGGUUGAGAACUCAAUAAAACCUGUCGCCAGCUGCGCUAUGCCCAUAUGGAAGGGAAUGCGCAUUAAAACAGAUUCAGAGAUGACUCGGAAGGCUCGGGAGGGUGUCAUGGAAUUCCUCUUGGUCAACCAUCCUCUCGAUUGUCCCAUUUGUGAUCAAGGCGGUGAAUGCGAUCUCCAGGAUCAGGCAAUGGUUUUUGGCUCCGACCGCUCUCGUUUCACUGAUAACGCCUUCUCUGGCAAGCGUGCUGUGGAAGACUUUGAUAUGGGGCCCCUUAUUAAAACAUGCAUGACUCGCUGCAUCCACUGCACUCGAUGUGUUCGCUUUGUCAAUGAGGUCGCUGGGUUGUCACAUCUUGGAACCACUGGCCGUGGAAACAACAUGCAAAUUGGCACAUACGUUAAUCGAAUGAUUGAAAGUGAACUUUCAGGCAACGUUGCUGAUCUUUGUCCGGUAGGAGCUCUUCUUUCCAAGCCGUAUUCUUUUGUCGCGCGCCCUUGGGAGACCAGGCGAAUUGAGUCGAUUGAUGUAAUGGACGCUGUUGGUUCGAAUAUCGUCAUUUCCAUGCGCACAAACGAGGUCCUGCGCAUUCUUCCUCGACUGAAUGAGGCCAUAAACGAGGAAUGGUUAGCCGACAAGUCGCGCUGCGCUUGCGACGGUCUCAAGCAUCAGCGCCUUGUUGUUCCCAUGCGGCGACCUGCAGGCCGAGAAUUGCACGAGCGGUCCUCGUGGGAGGAAGUCUUAGUUGCUAUCGGCGAGCGUUUCGUUUCCCUGGGCUCGUUUAACCCCCCCAAGUGUUCCCCCAAUCAAGUGGCUGUCAUCGCCGGCCCGUUCACUGAUGCUGAAACCCUAACGGCCGCUAAGGAUCUUGCGAGCGCGAUGCACUCUGACCUUGUCUGCACAGAAGAGCGCUUCCCGUCAAUGAGAACGAAGGUUCGAGCGAAUUACUUGUUCAAUUCUCAAAUUGCUGGCAUCGACGAGGCAGAUUUGAUAUUGUUUAUCGGCACCAACCCGCGUUAUGAAGCACCAAUGAUCAACGCUCGUGUUCGAAAGAAUUGGCUUAACAACGAAUUGGAUGUAGCAUUGAUUGGUGAAAAAGUGGACCUUACCUACGACUAUGAGCACCUCGGUUCUUCGACUUCUGCCAUUCUCGAUAUAAUAUCCGGAAAGCAUCCUUUCUCCAAGCGUCUUGCGUCAGCCAAGAAUCCAAUGAUCGUUGUGGGCAGCGAGUGCCUUCAGCGUCCCGAUGGCGCGGCAAUUCACAACGCUGCGCUUCAUUUGGCGUGCAAAUUUGCGCCUUCGCCUGAGAUCGGCGUCGCGCGUUUCAACGUGCUCCACCGCUACGCCAGCCAAGUGGCCGCCAUGGAUCUCGGCUAUCACGGUGGCCUUGACAAGGUUAAGAACGCCAAACCCAAGGUCGCCAUUCUCCUGGGUGCUGAUCAAGGUCAAUUCACUCGAGCUGACCUACCUGAGGACUGCAUGGUCAUCUACAUCGGUCACAACGGCGACCACGGGGCAAAGAUGUCGGACAUAGUCUUGCCCGGUGCCGCGUACACCGAGAAACACGGCACCUACGCCAACUUGGAGGGUCGUGCGCAGCGCACCUACCCAGCCGUAGCACCGCCUGGUGACGCACGUCAGGACUGGGCCAUAAUACGGGCCAUUUCAGAGGUGGCCGGUUGCCCACUCCCCUACGACGACUUGGAGGGUCUGCGUCGACGAAUGCGUGAGCUCGCCCCUGGUCUACUCGAGGUUGAUGUCAUUCAGGCGGCCAGUCCUUCGUCUCUCAAACUUGCUGCCGACGACGCUAAAAACCAAUUUCCGAAAGAAUCGAAGAAUCUUGACACUAAGACGCCACUGAGUCCGUCCAUGAAGGAGCUGCAUCAGUACUUCAUGACUGACGCCAUCAGUAGGGCUUCUCCGACAAUGGCUCGCUGUGUCAAGGCCUUCAAGUCCCAUACACCUCUGUCGUCCCAGGAGAUGAGUCUUGUACUCAAACACCUUAUUUCCUCAACAUUGACACCUGAAAAAGGCGGCGAAAAGGAGGCUGUGUCGAUGCCACUCAAUCAUGGGAGUAUCCACCUAAUUAUGGCCCUCCUCUUUUCGCUAGAGCCAUUUGGAACACCUGGAAUUAAUGUCGAUCAAUAUGCCGAUGCCGACGAGCAAGACCUCCUUCAUCCAAUUUUCUCGGAAGCCGGUUACGUGGCUACCGUAACGGAAUUAUUCACGCAAGUAGGCGUCGCAGAUCAGCCACCUUCAGCCGCGGUCGAAGGUCUUUAUGGUUUGCUUCAGUUGGCUUGGGGCAUUGCGCUUCGUCGCACCACCCACCUCCGCAUGGACCUGCGCCGUCGUGGCGACAAUGCGAGCGGGACCAAUGUCAACGCCAACGGAGACUCCGUGGAUGAGGACGACUUGGUUGCCUCGGCGCUCAGAUCAAGAACCAUAGAAUUCCUCUCCGUAGGUCUCCUAUCGGAGCCGCAUUUCCCGCAGGAGCCUCAGUGGGUGCACCGAGUCCAUAACCUCCUCACCGAAUUGCUAAUCCAGUUCCCGCAAAACGUCCGCGAUAUUAGGCUGUGGGACGAAUCUGUGGCCCGUCGAGUGGGUGUCGAUCCGGGUGGCUUCGCGAUCCUAUUGGACGCCAUUGGACGCCUCUACAACGUGCCCGGCUCUCCACUCCACGCUCGUCUUUCGUUGGAGUACUGGUGGCCGGCAGGGGAGACAGUAGUGGCGCCCUCCGAAGCCCUGAAUGCCUCGUUUCGAGCUGGAGAAGUCGAGAAUUCCAGACAGGCUAUCCUCUUCCGGUUUGUUUACUCGGCCAGCGAAUUCGCCUCCUCACCCCUCAUUUUUGUGUCCUACGUGCGAAUUCUGCGCUCUCUCGUCGGUUGCCAGACCUCGUCCAACCUCUGUUUCAACCUCCUCAAAGCCACAGCUUCAUCUGGAGGUCGGUUAGCCUCGCUCCUGACUUGGGACCACUUCAUUACCAGCCUACAGCAGUACCUUGAGCAUCUAAAGCGUGCAGCCGCCGUUGAACCGGACACGGGGAGCCAGCCACUUCACCUGCAGCACCCCCACCUCUACUACUCCAUGGGUGGCCAAAGUCAGCGUGACCAGAAGCAACAAGCAUCUCCUGUGCCCCUCGAAAUCCAGCCCGAAGAACUGGAGGCGCUGCAGAUAGUGGCGGCUUUAAUCACCCGCGUCGCCGCAUUGGACCCCGUCGCGCGCUCGGCAUUCGCCACGAACACCAAGUGGUGUCUCAUCCCCACAGCGGUUGGCCUAAUCACCUGUCCCCUGCCGAUGUCCAUGAAGGCCGAGCUGUUGCACCUCCUGUCGGCCCUCUCCCGCACCCCCACCAUCGCAGCCGAGGUCUGGCGCAAUCUGUGGGAGAGCCGCCUCCUCUCCUUCAUUGAGCCCUCCUCCAACCUGGCGGUCUCUGGCAGCCUCGCGUCCCUUCGAAGCGUUGUUGGACUGCAUACGCGUCUGCUCUUGUCCUUUGUUGCACUGAAUGUUUCCCUUGUUCCUAUUGGUCAGACUGAAAUAGACAAGGCGGAAGCCCGUGUCGAGGAGUACCCCAUCACUCUGGGUUUCAUUAACCUCCUCACAACGUUGGCACCCUCUCUGUUGAAUUGCCCCGCCACCGUCACAGGCUCCGAGUCGCCAACUCCUGCGACGGACACCGGCGAAUCGAUGUCGCGCCUCGUCCACUUCACCAUCGAGACCGUCUUCCUGAAGCACACCAUGCGUGCUUACCGCAGGCCAAACGAGAGGUGGGAAAUCGCGGCGUCUUGUGUGGUGCUUUUUGAGGGUCUAGUCCGGACCUUCCUUCAUCGGAUGCACUCAGUCGCGAUUCUGAGUGCAGGCGCGAGCCGUUGCAGCGAUGCCCAGCUGGCCACAUUCGACUGGACCCCUCUGCUUAACGGACAGGUGAACUUGGCCAAACUCACGUUGCCUCGCGGCUGGCCGUUCACCGACCCGGGCUACCAAAUUGUCGCCCAGUUGCUCACAAACUCGUCCCUCUUCUGCUUGGUAGGUUGUGGCUUUUGGCGUCGCUCAGUUUCUACUAACUCUCGAUUGUUCUCCACUCUUUUAUACGACUACGCCAAACCCCCACUGACCGAUCUGCUGGAAGUGGGAUUGUACCGGUUGCUGGAGUACUCCGUUAACGCCUCCUCCUGCGCCAUGGCACGGACCACAGCGGCGAUCCUGCGUCUCUUCGACCAAAUCCUUCCUCACGAGCAGAUGGUCGUGAACCUCGUUCGUCGAGCAGCCCUGGUAAUGCCUCAUCUGCGACCAGAGACGGCGUGGGGUCAAAGGUCUGGCGCCAGUGUGAUUUUGCCGUCUCUACUUUCGCGUCUUCUCGUGGUAACCAUCAAUUCGCGAACUGGCCGUGCCGACUUGCUUGUCACGAUUGUCCGGUACUGCGGCCUUUCCGACGACCUUCCGGAUCAUUGCACUUCUGCGCUAAACAUUCUCUGCAGCGUUGUGCGCGCUGUUCAGCCCCACGACUCCGUGUUGGCGGUUUUCACAAGUGACAAGAAAACCGAACAGGAUCUAUUGCGUGCUCUGGUCUCGUGUCUAUCGACGUCCAUGGAGGACCUUCCAGACACCAGUGGUGUGGAGUCUGUGCCCAUCUUCUCAGAUGCCUGGCUCAACACCGAUACGGCGGGGGACAUUGCCGGGGUGGACAGCGGUUCUUGGCGUGGCCCUCUCCAGCCCCACCCGUCGCUAAAGGUAGCCCGGACAUUGGCAGCGUUCCCCAUCAUGCCUUCGGAUUGGGAUAUGGCUGAGGCCCGCUGGGAGGCGAUGGCCGCCUUCCCUCCGUCGUCCCUGUCUGAGACGACAGGGGUGUCACGCGAAGCUGAUGUUAUUCAGGUCCUAUGUCAUGGACCGCAGGGUCACGGGUCGUCUGUUCGAUCGAUGAUUCUCCACCUGAUUCUCUUCGCCCUGACACACCAUCCCAGUCCGUCAAUCGCCCACUGGCUUCUAGGCUUCCGGAGUAAAAAUGCCCGCAGCAUCGCCAUCACAACACUUCAGGUAAUGGAUUUACCCUCUUCUGUAUGUGAAACUCCUGACUUGCGUGAACGUGGUUAA